AUGGUAAUUGCUGGCGACCCAUGGCCAUCGCCAAAGCCCGCUGCCGCUGUGUCAGCGGCGAGCGGAAGGUCCCUGGCGGUGUCUGCCUCGGGGAGUGCUGCAAUGAAGCCGCCAGUCCCCCCUGCCCCGAAGCCAGCGCCCUCGGUCGCUGGCGUCUCUGCGCCUCCGACACCGGACCUCGUGUCGUGUGAGGCUCCGGUGUCUCUCCUGCCUGCCCCACCUACCCCUGUUGCUGAGCCGGGCCCUCCUGCUCCCGGCGCGGGUCCCGCACCCUCUGCUCCUGCUGGUCCGCUGACUUUCCCUGUAAAUCCUGCGGCGCCGCCUGCCGUUGCUGAUCCUGCUGUUGCGCCGCCCGCCCCUGAACUCCCUGCGGCACUACCCGCCGUUGUUGUCCCUGUUGCACCCGACGCGGACGUUGGUUCGUCGCCGAUGGCGGUGUCCGCCACCACUGGCGGCCAGCCGAUCUCCCUUGUGGACGUGCAGCAUGUUGUCUGGGCGGCGAUAUGCAAGGAGAGGGCAGUUCAGUGCCUUGCUCCGCCUCCAGUGGCUCCUCCUCCGGCUGCACCUCCUGUGGCUGCGGCUCCACCACGUCAGGCGGUUGCUCCGGCUCCUCAGGCGGUUGCCCCGGCUCCUCCCGCCUUUGCCGCAUCUGCUGCCGCUCGUGAUCGUCGCUUGCGGCUACCGUGGGUUCCUCCAGUGGCGGGACUGAAAUUUGUGACCGCGGCAGGAGGAGCGGUGACAGCGCAGUACCCGCCUCUGCUGCCUGCUGAUCCCGCUCCCCCGUCUGCUGUCGAUGCGCCGGUCCUCCUGACAUUGCCUGGACCUCCUCGCACGGCUGAGCCCAGCAGCAGCCGUGCCAUCCAGGCAUACCUGUACCCAACCAACUUCCUAUCCGCCCCUCCCUAUUUGCAACCCCGCCCUCCCCGCUUUCCUCCCCUGGACCUGUCCUCAUCACUCCCCUCCCCCCAGCUGCCCCCACCGCAGCGACCGGCUGUUUUUUUUACGCACCGUUUGACGCUCCCUCCGCUCCCAUCUGUUCCCUGCCCUCCUCUGUGCUUCUCCCUGCCUCCCCAUUUCCCCCGGCUCAGCGACCGCCUGCUCAUAACGCACCUCUCCACGUUCGGCAGCACGGCAGCGGGGCUGGCGGGCAUAGACGGCCACUCCAUGGCGAUCACAGUGAUGCUCGGCCUGGGCGUUGACUGGCGCAACUCCUCCGGCCCCACGUGCCAGCCUAUGGGCGAGCUGCAUCAGAUGGGUGAGCUGCAUCAGAUGGGUGAGCUGCAUCAGAUGGGUGAGUUGCAUCAGAUGGGUGAGCUGCAUCAGAUGGGUGAGCUGCAUCAGAUGGGUGAGCUGCAUCAGAUGGGUGAUUUGCAUCAGAUGGGUGAGUUGCAUCAGAUGGGUGAGCUGCAUCAGACGGGUGAGUUGCAUCAGAUGGGUGAGUUGCAUCAGAUGGGUGAGUUGCAUCAGAUGGGUGAGCUGCAUCAGAUGGGUGAGCUGCAUCAGAUGGGUGAGUUGCAUCAGAUGGGUGAGUUGCAUCAGAUGGAUGAGCUGCAUCAGAUGGGUGAGUUGCAUCAGAUGGGUGAGCUGCAUCAGAUGGGUGAGCUGCAUCAGAUGGGUGAGCUGCAUCAGAUGGGUGAGUUGCAUCAGACGGGUGAGUUGCAUCAGAUGGGUGAGCUGCAUCAGACGGGUGAGCUGCUUGCGCCCUCCACAGGGGCAGUUGGUACGUGA